AUGUGGCUCCAGGCUCAAAAGAAUAUACAGCGUGUGGACAUAUCAAAUAGUGGAAUACAAGGUGAGGUUCCAACUUGGUUUUGGAACAUAUCUUCUGGAUUUCAGUCUCUCGAUCUUUCUCACAACCAAUUUGUUGGUGAGGUUCCAACUUGGUUUUGUUCCCGAUUUCAUCAGUCUCUCAAUAUUUUAAAUUUUUCUUUUGUGUUAUUGGGUUUCAACAAUUUUAGUGGUCCGCUGCCGCAGAUUUCACCCUAUGUGAAUGAGCUAGACCUCUCGAACAAUUGCUUUUCAAGAGGUUUAUUUCACUUCUUGUGUGAAACAAAUGAGACCGUAUCCUACUUAUUGGAGUUCUUAAACCUCGAGGGAAAUGAUUUGUCAGGAGAAAUUCCUGAUUGUUGGAUGAAUUGGCCAGAGUUGCUACUUUUAAACUUGGGGGACAAUAACUUGACUGGAGGCAUACCAAGAUCCAUGGAGUUACCACCAUGGUUGGGAAUGAGGCUUUCAGAUUUGAUAAUCCUUAGCCUUAGCUCUAACAGAUUCUAUGGUGAAUUGCCUCCAGAAAUUUGUUACCUCAAAGAUCUUCAGAUCUUAGACCUUGCAAACAAUAGUUUCUUUGGAACUAUACCAAGGUGUAUUAGCAAUUUAACAGCAAUGUACGAUAAAAUAUUGGCAUUGGUUACAAGCAUGGAUAUAUCUAACAAUAAUCUCUCUGGAGAUAUUCCCAUAAGUUUUACCAGUCUUGUAGGGUUGAGAUUCUGUAAUUUCUCAAAAAACCAUUUGACAGGUAGGAUCCCAAAUGGAAUUGGCGACAUGAAAGUUCUCGAAUCCCUUGAUCUUUCAGAAAAUCAACUUUCCGGUCAAAUCCCGCAAAGCUUAUCGAGUUUGUCAACUUUGAGCUUCCUGAAUCUGUCUUAUAACAAUUUGUCAGGAAAAAUACCAGUGAGCACUCAACUUCAAAGCUUUAAUUCCUCGAGUUUCCAGGGAUAUGAGCUUUGCAGGCUUCCACUCUUGGUGAACUGCAGUUUAGGUGGUCAAAUUCCUCAUUUUGAUACCGAAAAGGAUGAGCGGGAUGAAGAUGAACUAGAUUGGUUCUACAUUGUAAUGUCAAUAGGAUUUGGUCUUAGCUUUUGGGGAGUAUGUUCUUGUUUGCUUUUCAAGAGAUCGUGGAGACAUGCCUAUUAUCGUUUUUUAGAUAGUUGUUGGGAAUCCUUGUGUAUAAAGUUACAAAUAUGGGGAUGGAUAUGA